AUGAGAGACUUCCUCACCCACAAAAGAAAGACUGAAACAUUGCAAUUGGUCAACCUAAGUGAGGAAUGCUCCGACGUACACCUCAAUAAACUCCCACAAAAGAAAAUCGACCCCGGAAGCUUCACCAUCCCUUGUUCCAUUGGGGGAUCACCCGUACGAAAUGCACAAGCCGACCUUGGGGCUAGCAUCAAUCUCAUGCCCGCAUUAAUGUUUGACCGACUCGGACUAGGUAAGACGAGCCCCACAAAGAUAAGCAUACAACUCGCUGAUGGGUCUAUCAAACACCCACAAGGUGUCGUCGAGAAUCUACUGGUAAAAGUCGGAGACUUUGUCUUCCCAUCCGACUUAGUCAUACUCGACAUGGAGGAAGACACCGAAGUUCCACUCAUUCUAGGAAGACCAUUCCUUCCCACUGCCCAUGCCAUGGUGGAUAUGAGUGACAGGAAGUUAACGUUGAGGGUUGGAGGCAAGGAGAUGAAAUUCGGGGUUGGGAAAAGAGUAGAGGAUGACCCGGUCAACUACCUGGAUAUCAUAGACUCUAGCUUGGGUGACGCUCUUCGACGGUGCAACAUGGGAUGUAAGACAUCCCGCUCGGGUAACAUAUGA